ACCUUCGACGUCGUCGACCCGUCGUCGGGCGCCGCCUUUGCGCGGGUGCCCGACGCGUCGGAGAGCGACCUCGACGACGCCGUGGCCGCGGCGGGGGCCGCGUUCCCGGCGUGGGCGGCGGCGCCCUGGGCCGCGCGCUGCGACGCGUUCGCGGAAGCCGCGGCCCUCCUCGAGGCGCGGCGCGACGAGUUCGCCGACGCGCUCACGCGCGAGCAGGGCAAGCCGCUGCGCGCGGCCCAGCACGAAAUCGACGCGUGCGUCGCCGGCUUCCGCGGCGCCUACCGGAGAGACGAGCCGCUCCUGCGGCCGCGCGCGACGCACGAGUCGGCGACGCACCGCUACGAGGUCCACGACGUGCCGCGCGGCGUCGUCGCGGCCAUCACGCCCUGGAAUUUUCCCAUGCUCAUGCUGAAGAACAAGCUGCUCGAGGCCUGCGUCUCGGGGAACACGAUCGUCCUCAAGCCGUCGCCGCACACGCCGCUGACGACGACCAUGUUCGCGGCGAUCGCCGGGGACGCGUUCCCCCCGGGCGUCGUCAACGUGCUGCCCGGGUCCGACGCGCUCGGCGCGGCGCUCGCGGCGCAUCGGGACGUCGCGACGGUGUCCUUCACGGGGUCCGUGGCGACGGGCAAGGCCAUCGCCGCCGCGGCCGCGCCCGCCCUGAAGCGCGUCGUCCUCGAGCUCGGCGGCAACGACCCCGCCCUGGUCCUGCCCGACGCGGACCUCGAGGCCGCCGCGCCGGCGAUCUUCCGCGCCGCGAUGCUCAACAGCGGCCAGGUCUGCGUCGCCGUGAAGCGCGCCUACGUGCACGCGUCGCGCCACGACGAGCUCGUCGACCGGCUCGCGGCGCUCGCGGCCAAGGCGCGCGUCGGCGACGGGCUCGCCCGGGGCGUCCAGUACGGCCCGCUGAACAACGCGGCGCAGCGCGACCGCGUCCGCGCGCUCGUGGACGACGCCGUCGCGGCGGGCGGCGCCGUCGCGGCCGGCGGCGACGCCUACGCGGGCGAAGACGGCUUCUUCUACGCGCCGACGAUCGUCGCGGGCGUCGCCGACGGCGCCCGGCUCGUCGACGAGGAGCAGUUCGGGCCCGCGCUGCCCGUGGUUUCCUACGACGACGUCGACGACGCCGUCGGGCGCUGCAACGCGUCGGACUUUGGGCUGUCGGCGUCCGUCUGGACGAGCGACGUCGACCGCGGCUACGAGGUCGCGAACCGCCUCGAGGCGGGCACGGUCGCCGUCAACCAGCACAUGGCCGGCCACGACACGCUGCCCUUCGGCGGCUUCAAGCACUCGGGCCUCGGCCGCGAGGGCGGCCGGGAAAUCGGCCUGCGGGAAUACACGGAGUACCGGUCCUGCGUCGUGCCGCGC